AUGAACUCCAGCCUGCGACAAGCUUCUGGGACGAGUGGGAAGACGAAACGUCGAUACACUGACCCCAACGAUGAUGGCAAAAUGAACGCGCCGGACGAUGCGACUAUCCAACCAAAGCGCCAGCGGGUGUCGCGUGCCUGUGACAGCUGCCGCUCGAAGAAGGAUAAAUGUGAUGGAGUUCAGCCGGUCUGCUCCACGUGCGCCCAACUUUCGCGGCCCUGCACCUACAAAGCAAAUCCCAAAAAACGAGGUCUACCAACGGGCUACAUACGGUCGCUGGAGCUGCUAUGGGGGCUUGUCUUUCAGAGAAUUCGAGGUAGCGAGGACGUGAUGCGUGCCUUAAUGCGUUCCAUCAAUCUUCCCAGCCACCUUGCGACCAUGAACAAGGAAACGGAGGGUUCCGAUACGUUGAUGGCCUCGUUCAAAAAUAGCGCGGUCUUGAAAGAUAUUGAGCAGAUACUGGUCACUCUGGAUCAGCCCGAAGAGCAGCGAGAACGGAAUAUACAAGCCUAUAGCGAUGAAGACACUCCGUUUGAUGUGGACGAAAUUCUUGCUUCCGCUGAUGCCCACGAAUGGCAUGUCCCAGAUGAACUAGGACAGCGUGAGACACCAUUCUCAGCUAUCUUACCACCGGCUCGCACAUCUACAAUCGCCGGGACACCCAAGCGGGCUUCUGCAUCCCAAAUGCAAGAUGCUGGAGUUCAAGCAGACACGAGUCAUGAAACCCAACCGCAUAACAACAUCCUUUCUUCUGGGACCGACAACCGAAUGGAGUUCUCCUCCAGCCGUCCACUUCAACUUCCCUACAAUGCUUGGCCGCUUCUUGAUAUCUACUUCUCGUACACACAAUGCUGGUUCCCUAUAUUGGAGAAACAUGACAUUCUUCGUACCGCCUUCCAAUAUACCGAGAGCGACGUGUACGUCGCCAGUACAUCAUCUGGCUCUGGUAACCAUGCUGCUCUCUGGGCUGUCUUAACAUUAGCCUCGCUCCAAGACGCUUCCAUCCCUGUCCCUCGAGGUUCGCAUACAGAAGGCAAGAUAAAUUCCUUGCAAUUUUACAACACUGCCCGCGAUCUAGUUCCUUCAGAAAAUGGACCCUAUGAGGUGGGACACGUGCAAGCGCUUCUUAUAUUAUCCCUCGUUAAAUUCGGCCAGCAGGAGUGGACACCUGCUUGGAUGCUGGUGGGACAUGCUGUGCGAAUUGCACGGACCCUUGGUCUUGACCAGCCGCCGUCAUCAUCAAAACCACAAGAGCAAUCGAAGCCGGCUCAACAAGCCCAACGAGCCAAACAUGUAUUUCUGGGAUGUUUUGUACUCGAAACACUCAUUGCUGAGCAGACCUCACAGUGUCCCUCUCUGCGUAAGGAUGACCUCGUCGCGGUCGGGGCAAUCGAUGAAGACGGCUUAGAAGAAUGGCAUCCUUGGGAAGACCAAGCAGGACUUCGACCUUCCCAAUCCUCGAGGGCCUCAAUGCAGCGUGGCCCACUACAUGCCCUAAGCACCUUCAACCGUCUCAUAUCACUCAUUGCCAUUCUAAACGACCUUUGCUAUUACAAGCGAGAUCCGACCGUUUCCAGAUCAGAGCUUGAACUUCUCGAGGCUCAUCUGCAGCGUUGGGCUACUACACUUCCCAAGAGUUACAGAGUAGAUUUGCAAAGCCGCCCUUUGAAGUCCCCCUCGCCUCAUAUAUUUGGGUUAGAGAUGACCUAUCAAAGCAUUGUCUCAACACUCAGCUUACAGAUUGCUGAGCGCGAACGCGACCAAAACAUACCUGAGAAACCACACGAGUCGCUUGCGAAUGAAAGCUGCAGACGGGCUAUCCAGCUGGCGCAACUGUACUUGGAUACGUAUAGCUCAGCAGCUGCUCCUCCGACAUUUGGUACGAUUCUAAAAUUCUGCAUUCCAAAGCGGUCCGCUCGCAGACACAUCUCAGAUUUAGAAAUUGCACUCCGAAAUAAGGUUCAAUCCAUCUCAUCACACCUUGGUCAGAUUUUUUGUCUUCCAGACCGCGCCUAUGGAGACGAGAGAGCUCAGCCAAUAGUGCUAUCCCCAACAGCGCAGCAUCACGGCCUUACAAGGACGAAUGACCCAGGACUAACCCAAGAGUCCCAACGCAUGGCCACAUCACGUCAUCUUCAUAUAUCUGCAACUCACGCUUUUAAUCAUCCUGCUACAACGCCCGAUGCUUUCCUCUCUGCACCCUGGCUCAGAGCUCCACAGAGCAUUGAUGAUGUGUCAUUGUUCUCUACACCUGCUCCAUCAUUGACUACUGUAGGUGGUACGUCUGAGGACUCAGUUCAACAAGCACAGUUCGACGGAAGUUUAGGAAAUGGUCUCCGUCAUAACACAUCUGCACCUCCAAAAUCCCACGCUGGCCCAAACAUGAUGCCAGCCCUCUCCCAGCCUUUCUCAGCAGAAGACCAAUACCCAACUCAUCAAGGCACAUCAUUUGGACUCAGCACUUUUGUUGAUAUGGAUGGAUACGUACCACCGCGGCGACAACAACGGAUCGCACCGGACUUGGAUGCACUAUUCGACGAACUCGCAUCUCUCGAUGGCGCUGAUAAGGCCGAUAAUGCGCCUGAAUUUAUGCAAAACCUGGGGUUCGUCGCCAAUUCCAGCAUUCCAGAGAUGUAUUCCUCCAGUCAGAUUGAGCCCUUCUUACUGGCGCAAACACAGCAAGUGCCUGGGAAUGGAUCUUCAUCAGGCACGGAAAGAGAUUCACAGCAAUUGAGCAUGGUAGACCCGUCAAACCGAUGA